GCAAGAGGAGCCCAGCAAACCCAAAGGAUACAGUACGAUCCUUACUCACCAGAUCAAAUACUUAUACUAAUUGCUAAUAAAUGAAGAAGUCGCUACAAUAGUACAGCUGAAUAAACUAUAAGCAGAAUUCCAAGGAGUGAAAUUAGAUCAUGAAUCAAAACAUGAAUUUAGGCUCCAUUCAGAAACUAACGGAAGCCACACAGGUUUUUGGGACCCAAUCAAGACAAUCUUAUAAAUUAGCUGGAGGUUGCCAGCCAGGUGACCAUUUGUGUAAUUCAAAUCUGCCACCUCAAAGUUUCUACCCAUUUUCAUCUCACUAUCCAUAUAUGCAUACAAAUUACAUCAGUGACUGGGAAAUUUUUGAAGCAGUAAGAAUUCGGGAACUGGAAGAAGUCAAAGCCAGAGCUGCCCAAAUGGAGAAGACGAUGCGCUGGUGGUCGGAUUGUACUGCUAACUGGAGGGAGAAAUGGAGCAAAGUUAGAGCAGAAAGGAAUAAAGCCCAAGAGGAAGCAAGACAAUUGAGAAUCAAAUUAGACAGUGUUGUAAAAGAACUGAGUAUGCUUAAAAAAAUAAAUCAAGAUUUAGUAAGUGAAAAGGAAAAUGUAACUGCUUGGAAAACAGAAUUCAGUUGCUCAGAAAUAUCUUAUAUUAAAAAAGACUUAAACCAGUUAACACUUAUGGAACAAGAACCUGUGAAAGAACUAAGCAAAACCGACAAGAUUGCUGGGGCAGUAGACACAAAGAAGGAUGUAGAAGUAAUCAAAGACCAAAGCAAUAACAAUAAAAAAAUCACUCCAAAGCCUCCUGAUUCCUUUCCCAAUGGAGUUCCCAGCAUCUAUUUGGAUGAAGCUAAAAAAAGUUUGGACAAUACAGCUAAGACAACAGAGAAUGACUUAAUACAUAUUUCAGUCUUGCAUUUGCAUUUGGCUGAGAUGCAGAAAAUCUUACAGAAGGAAAGAGAAAUUAAUGUAUUUCUGGAAAAAGAAAUGGAAAAGAUAGAAAAUGAAUUAUUUUUUUGGAAAUGGAAAUAUGAAGAAGUGAGACAAACCAAACUGGAAAGCCUCCAACAGCUGGAAAGACUGCAGUUUGAGACUACCUCUGAAUGGGGAAAGAGAGAGAGACUUGAAGCAGCAAAGCAAAGUUUGGAAGAAGAGAUCAGAAGAUUGAAGUUGCAGGUAAAGGAAAUUCAGAGAUUUCUGGAGACGAAAAAUAAAGCAACACUGACUAGAUCGAGUUCUGAUCGUCAAAAUGCACAAAGUAAGCUGCUGGUUAAAAAUAAGAGUAAAGAGACAGAAGAAAGCAAACUCAGGGUUUGGGACCAGACAGAGUUCCUUGUAUGUUGCUGGAGAUUCUACCAAGACAGUGAGUGA